GGCCAUCUUUGAUACGAUAACGCAUUCACGCCGACUUUUAUCUGACAAGCGAGUCGCGACUGACGCAUCAGUUUCAUUCCGCCUGUAAACAACAAGCCACCGACACGCCGACGAAAGUUAUUAUGCCUCGACUAAUAACUUAUGGUCACGUUAAUACCGAAGCGCGCCGGCUCUGAUCUGAGACCCUCAGCAGUUUAAAGGUUUGAUCCAGAAUGCUGGAGACCGUGACCGAUGCAGCAAGCUUGCUCCAUUAUGCCAACGCCAGUGUGUUUCCCACCGCGGACAACGGCUCUGAAUUCAACCCUGACCAUGAGAGCAACAUCACCAAACCACACAGGUGCUUGCAGGUCCUGUACGACGACAUCGGGCACUCCAGGGUCCGUUACUGGGACGUGAUGCUGCUCGUCCCAAACGUGGCUUUCCUGGUCUUCCUGAUGUGGAAGCUUCCUUCGGCUCGGGCUAAGAUCCGGCUGACCUCCAGCCCCAUAUUCGUGGCGUUCUACAUCCUGGUGUUUGUGGUGGCGGCUGUAGGAAUAACUAGAGCCAUCGUCUCCAUGACCGUCAGCACAUCCAGCUCCGCCACACUCAUAGACAAGGUGCUUUGGGAAAUCACCAGAUUCUUUUUAUUGGCAAUUGAGCUCAGCGUCAUUAUACUCGGGCUGGCGUUCGGCCAUCUGGAGAGCAAGUCCAGCAUCAAGCGCGUGCUGGCCAUCACCGCGGUCCUGUCUCUGGCCUACUCCAUCACACAGGGGACUCUGGAGAUUCGUUUCCCAGACAAACAUCUCUCCGCCAAUGACUUCAACAUCUACGGCCACGGCGGACGCCACUUCUGGUUGGCCAGUUCCUGUUUCUUUUUCCUGGUGUAUUCCCUGAUCGUCAUUCUACCCAAAACCCCGGUCAGAGAGCGGAUCUCGUUGCCCUCCAAGAGGAGUUUCUACGUGUACGCUGCUAUCCUGUCGGUGCUCAAUCUGGUUCAGGGUUUGGGAAGCGCUCUGCUCUGCGCCGACAUCAUCGAAGGCCUCUGCUGUGUGGAUGUGACCACAUUCCUCUACUUCUCCGUCUUCGCUCCUCUGAUCUAUGUGACGUUCCUCAAAGGAUUCUUCGGUUCCGAGCCCAAAAUCCUCUUCUCCUACAAGUCACAAAUCGACGAGCCGGAGGACACGGACGUUCACCUGCCCAACACCUCGUCGUCCGGUCUGGGCCGGAAGGAUCUGGAUCACGGCUCGUACUCCAGCACGCAGAUCGACGGCUCCGGGGCCUAUCUGGACGACGUGGUUUCGGGGCCGUUCGGAGCCCACAGCAUCAACAGCAUCGACAGCGACCGCUGGAGGGCCCUCAACGCCUGACCUCGAGCGGAAGCGGUUUUCCCCGUCACUUAUUUAAGAUCGAUUUCAUUUGUAUUCCGUGAAUCCAACAUUCCUCGUGUAACACCGGUGCUCUUACUUUGACGUCUGUGUGCUGCUGCGGGCAACUCUUUUGGACUUUGUGACGUGCAUAAUGUAAUAUAUUUCUGCUGAAACCAUAAUCGAUCGCCGCUAGAUGAUUUCACAGUUACGCUACCGAUACCAGCGAAAGAUCUGCUCGUGUUUUGAUGCUCGUUCUCUGCCGUCAGGGUUGUUCUGCACUGAUUUGGCUCCUUUGCUUGGCUAAUUUGAAGUCUUAAGGACCCUGUAAUCUACCUUGACUCUGUUCAUAUGCUUCAUAUGGGCCGAGCGAUCAUCUAGAAAUUUGUAAAAACGUUUAUUUCUCAGCGCUACGUCGUAGUGUUUUCUUUUGGAUUUUUAUUUAUUUUAGUUAUCGGAGGAGUUUUGUUUUAGCCUUGGGUUCAGUUCUUAAAGUGAAAGCUUAAAUCGUGAUCUUGACCUUUGUUCAUCUUUCUAAUGGAUAAUGAAACCGGCACCGGCUCAAGUCAGGCUUGUCUUCGUGUCAUUCCACGUGGAAGAAAGUGAAGAAAAAGGACCAUGCUGGGAGAGAGAGAGGAUUUGUCCCGCUUUGUUUUAUUUGAUAAAAUACCACUAGUUAAUUACAUCCUAACUUUUUCGGUGCACAAAAAAAAAAUUCUAUUAAAUCUGGCCUGAGUAAAA